GGCAGCUCCAUUCCCUCCCCCCCCAGACCCGCCCGCCAUCCCUUUCCCUACCCAGAUCCGCCUUGCAGUCGGGGAGAGCCCCGGCCCGUGGCUCCCCUCUCUUUCCCGCGCUGCUCGUCGAGUCCCCGCGCUCGGACCAGAGGCGCCUCCGUCCCGCCCUCCGUGCUUCCCUUCCUCCGCGCGUCCCUCCCUUCCUGCUGCGCCAAUGCCUGGGAUAGGGGCCGUGGGAGCUCGGUGCAGGCACCGCCCGAGGAGGCGCCCCAACAAGGCCGAGGACGGCGGCGGCGGCGGCGGAGGAGCCCACCCGGCCGCCUGCUCCUCCUCCGGGGAGAGCGCCAUGGACGCAGCCAUCUGGAUCUACCAGUUCCGCCUGAUCGUGCUGGGCGACUCGACGGUGGGCAAGUCGUGCCUUUUGCACCGCUUCACCGAGGGCCGCUUCCCGGGGCCCAUGCACUCGGAUCCCACCGUCGGGGUGGAUUUCUUCUCCCGCCUGGUGGAGAUCGAGCCGGGCAAGAGGAUCAAGCUGCAGCUCUGGGACACGGCGGGCCAGGAGAGAUUCAGGUCAAUCACGCGUUCUUAUUACCGAAAUUCGGUAGGAGGCUUGCUGGUGUUUGACAUCACUAAUCGGUCUUCUUUUGAGCAUGUGUACGAUUGGCUUCAGGAAGCUAAGAUGCAUGUGCACCCUUUCCAGAUUGUGUUUAUCCUGGUGGGGCACAAAUGCGACUUGGAGACACAGCGCCAGGUCACGAGAGAGGAAGCUGAGGAACUGGCAUCCGCCUGUGGCAUGAAGUACAUAGAAACAUCAGCCAAAGACGCCACGAAUGUUGAAGAAUCCUUCACCGUUCUCACUAAAGACAUAUACGAACUUGUGAAAAAAGGAGACAUUUCAAUGCAAGAGGGGUGGGAAGGGGUAAAAAGUGGCUUUGUUCCAAAUGUUGUACAUUCCUCAGAGGAGGCUACCUCACUCGGAGACCAGUGCCCUUGCUAAAUCGCUUGCAUGCCAAAGAAGCGUAGUAUAUCAGGUGUCUGGAGAACAAGGCCCGGUUAUACAAAAUAUUAUAUAUGAAGAUGCAUUAGAUCAGGGGUAAGCAAUAUCCACUGAGUUGCUUACAGCCCCUACAGUACUUAUGUGUGGCCUGCACUCUCCUAUAAAGAUCCUGAGACUCACAGCUUUUGAUUAAAAAGCAAAGUACAUUUCUGGUAAUUAAAUAUGGGGUGGCAAAGAUAAUGAAAACAAAGAGGCAGGUUGAAAAAAAAAGUCUGGAUGAUUUGUUUUCCACUUGUGAUUUUUCGAAGUAUAUCUCAAAGAUUUCUUUUUAAAAAAAAAAGCAGUCUCAGGUUUCUUCAGCCUUUGUUGCUAGUUGUUUUUCAGAAUGUUGAAACAAUGGGUUUUUGUCACGAGAAGUGCGGCAUAUCCGCCACCCUGUAGUUUUGCGACCACUCUGUGCAUGAAAAUGGUAUGCAAAUUACAUGAAUUAUCUGCAGCAAAAGUCGUGCAGUUCUGCAACAAUCCUCUGGUUCCUCGUGUAUUUUUUCGAGGAGGUCCUUGAUGCUUUGAUCACGUUGCAUAAGCCUACAUGGGAUCAUCAACUCUGUUUUGAGAUUGUAGUGGCCUAUCCAAAUCACAGAACGGAAGUUACCGGUAAAUGUUUUGCUUAUUUGUAUCAUAUAAUAGGGAGCUUUAUAUUUCACAGUGAAUCAAUUUGCCUGGCCUGGACGUGAUACGAUUUCCAAAAAAUGGUGCAGUGUAUUCUCAACCCCCAAGAGCUUUGUACUGCUGUCCAACCCUCAAGGAGGGGGGGCGGGUAAUUGCAAAACUGGGGAAGGGAUACUGGGCAACCCCCAUACAUAUCCUCUAGACUCUCUCCCUGCAACAAUGCUGCCAGCAACAAAGCUGAGUAUUUCAUAACUAUAAAGCAGAGGCAGCGAGACUCCAGGAGGUGGGAGAGGCAUCCCUCCUAAUUUCCUUCCUCCAGGAGACAUUUAACUAUUAUAUUUAUUUGGCACUUUUCUCACUUUAAGUUGCCAGGGACACAUUUAUUCUGCAUCCAGUGUGCUCCCACCGCUGGCUUUCGAAACCUCAGCCACAAUGCAUAUCUACCCUGCCAUUUCUUGAGCAAUACUGCUGUUUGCUGUGUUUCCCCUCAAACUGGAUUUGAUCUGAAUGGAAAACUGAAACCACAUUCACUGUGCUGUUAAGCUAACGUGUGUACAUUUGAGUCUGCCAUUGCACACGCACGGAUGACGGGUGAUAUAGGAGUUUGGAAUUGGUGGGGAAGCCAAACAUUUAACGUGCGUCAGAUAAAGACAUCCCUGCCUCCUUUCUGAUGUGCAUGGUGGCUGCAAAUGUAAAUAAAAUUCAGUGGGGAAAACAAGCUCUCUUGUGUUUUCAGCCACUAAUGUGUGCAUAGGCUUAAACAAGUCUAUUCCCGAUCUUCCUUUGCCCUCUUUCCACCCUUUUAUUUUUUUUUCAGCCGACCCGUGACUGUCUCAAACUGCUCUCAGCCAUAGAUUUGACUGGAGACAGUCUGAUCAACUGGUUUCUUUACACUCUUCCCCACUGCCAGCUGAUGUCAACAUCUUGUAACGUCAUGGAUACCUGCCAGGAUGUUAUUAGGUUUUUUUAUGUCAUUUUUUUUAACCUGUGUAUUUCUGCAUACCUAGGGAAUCCCCUGACUUCACAGAAGCCAUUUGCUUAUUUUUGAGUGGCCUCCUCUUUCACUUGAAAACCACUGCUUUCAUUAUGACUCGAGGGAACAAUAUAUAUAGAUAUUUAUCACAGAAAAAAAAUGCUUAGCAGCAAGGUGUUUUCUACAAUGCUCUUAUUACUGUUUUUAUUAUGUACAAGCUUUUAAGACAUCACAUUUUGAAAAGAGGUUAAAAUAAAACAAUGGACUGUACUGUAUGCCUGAUGAAUCCCAGAUUUGAUUCACUUGGCCUUAUUUCUGGGAAACGGCCUGUUGAAGAGUGUUGCCUUGUUCUGUCAUCUCUUGUGCGACUUUGCUGCAAACAUUGAGUUUUCCUUCCCACCAGGGCCUCUCCACUGAAAUGGUGGGGAAGCUCCAUGCAUGUAUGGGAAAGCUUAUACACACAGGUAAGCCCUGUGCAAAUCAUAGCACAUAUGGGCUUUGCAUCAGUGCCAUGUACUCUUCUAUUGCAUUCCUUUGCUCAUGUAAUAAAUGUAUAGGAAGUAAACAGAAUACAGUUGUGCCAUCACUUUUGAUAUUCCUGUAGCAAUGGAAAAAAUGUUAUAAAGAUCAAUAUAUU